AUGAUCAAGAAGACGUUCGUUGACAAAAAAGAACAUUACUCCAAGGAGAAAAAGAAGAAGAAAUUCAGAGCCCGUCAACAACGAAGGGAGGUUUUGCAAUUUCCAUGCCUUAAGCUUGUGAAAGAUCAUCAAAUCCUUCUGAUUUCUGAAGUGGGUUUCAAGUUAUUGGUGAGACUGAGUGAGGAUGGUGUUGGUGUUGGCCUUGGGGGAUUUACACAUACCCCACAGGGCACCUGA